AUGCCAGAAUGCUAUCCCUGUGACCGCUGGUUCAACAGCGAACAAGCCUUGGAGCAGCACCUCGAGAACUCCAGCGCCCACAAUUAUUGCUCUUCAUGCGAGAGGGACUUCGCCUCUUCGGGGGCUCUCGAGCAGCACUACAGCCAAAGCAAGCGCCACGCGUACUGCCGGGAAUGCGAGGAGCACUUCGGCGACUUUGAGGACCUCUACGAGCACUACGCGGACGAGCACAUCUGGUGCGAGAGCUGCCACAAGCUCUUCGCGUGCGAGGUCGGCCUCCACGAACACCGCCGCCAAGUUCACGCGGACCGCUACUGCCCCUCGUGCGAGCGCAUGUUCCAGCAACCGAGCAACCUCCACUCGCACCUCCGCUCCUCCGUCCACCAGUCGGCCGACAUCGCGUGCCCGAUGCGCGGCUGCUCCAAGUCCUUUAUCUCCCGCGCCGCGCUCGUCAUCCACCUCGAGUCCGGCGGGUGCGCGUCGGGCAUCGACCGCCGGCUGGUGGACAAGAUCGCGCACAAGCUCGACAGGCACGGGACGAUCACCGACCCCGCGCGGAUGCUCGAGUACGGGCAGGGAGGGGUGGAGGUGACGGACCAGUGGGCGACGGCGCACGCGUGGAACGGGGACGCGUUCGAGUGCUACCUGUGCGCGCGCGAGUUCCAGACGCUCGACUCGCUCAACCAGCACUUGCGGAGCCCGGCGCACGCGAAGGACAAGUACCGGUGCCCGACGAUGUGGAAGGGGUGCGAGGGGCAGUUCAAGACGCUCAGCGGGUUCCUCCAGCACAUCGAGAGCGAGGCGUGCGGGGCGUGGAGGUUCAAGGGGAACAUGGACCGGAUGAUCGACGGGUUGUCGUCGAAGAUGAAGCGGAUUACGGUCUGA